CGAUCUCCGGCCGCGCAGACCAGGAAGUGGCGGCGGGUAAAGUUUGAAGUGUCCCUGUUGUUCUCCCUCUGGCUCCUUUGUUUCUGUCCCCAGCUCCAGAGUCUCUCCUCCUGCCGCCAUGAGGAGAACCAGGUCGUCGAGGAGUCAGACUCAGGCAGCGGCGGAGGGAGGAGGAGGAGGAGGAGAAGUCCGCACAGAGACAGUGUGGCAGUGGAAGGGGGACGAGGGUCAGUGGGAGCUGUAUUCGCCGGCCGCCUGCGCCUUGUUGGACUCCGCCGUCUCUUCGGGAGAAACCUCCGUCACGCUCGCCCUGGGACCGGGGACGCCCUACGAAGUCGACCUGAAGAAGAUGGUGCAGAUUAAUCCUGUCACAAAAUACAAGAGGAAGAUUCGCUCUCAGACCGUGAAGUCAGAGACUGUUACUGAAGCCAGUGACUCCACUGCUCUCAAUGGGAUGACAGAUCAAGUUAAAGAGGAGAAGGAGGAGGAGGAGGAAGAGGAGGAGGAGAAACCUGCAGCUAAGAGGAGGAAGGCACAAAGCAAGAGUCAGACAAAAGCCAAAAAACCACCCAAAGAAGAGAUAAAAAAUGAAGAGGUCACGAGGACGUUGGUGAUGAAGGGCAAAGCUCCGGUGGACCCAGAAUGCAAAGCCAAACUCGGAAAGGCUCAUGUUUACUGUGAAGGAAAUGAUGUUUACGACGUGAUGUUAAACCAGACAAAUCUCCAGUUUAACAACAACAAGUAUUACCUGAUCCAGCUGCUGCAGGACGACAGCUCCAAGCUCUACAGCGUGUGGCUGAGGUGGGGCCGAGUGGGCAAAGUGGGUCAAAACAGCCUCACACCCUGUGGUGGAGAUCUGCUGAAGGCCAAAGAUUUCUUCAAGAAAAAGUUCUUGGAUAAGACCAAGAAUGACUGGGAAUAUCGGGCCAGUUUUGAGAAAGUGGCUGGAAAAUACGACAUGGUGUUCAUGGACUACAGCACAAAUGAAAAGCAGGAGGAGUCCACAGUGAGCACCGUACCCAAAGAGAAGAAGAGCUCCACGCUUGACGUGAAGAUCCAGUCUCUCCUGGAGCUGAUCUGUGACCUUAAGGCCAUGGAGGAGUGUGUGCUGGAGAUGAAGUUUGACACUCGGAAAGCUCCUCUCGGCAAACUGACCUCGGAGCAGAUCCGUGCAGGCUACACCGCGCUGCAGAGAAUCGAGGAGUGUUUGAAGAAGAAGGGCAACAACCGCCUGCUGCUGGAGGCCUGCAACCAGUUCUACACCCGCAUCCCUCACGACUUUGGCUUGAAAACCCCCCCGAUCAUCAACACGGAGGAGGAGCUGAAGGAAAAGAUUGCACUGCUGGAGGCUCUGAGUGACAUCCAGAUCGCCGUUAAAAUGGUCCAGUCCAGUGAGGGCGGUGACGAACAUCCUCUGGACAGACAGUACAGCUCCCUCCAGUGCAAACUACAGCCUCUGGAAUCCGGCAGUGAUGAGUUCAAGGUUAUAGAGAAAUAUCUGCUGUCCACUCACGCCUCCACCCAUCAAGACUACACCAUGAGCGUCCUCGACAUGUUCUCAGUGGACAGAGACGGAGAGAGCAGCAGCUUCAUCUCACAGCUACACAACAGGACUCUGCUGUGGCACGGUUCCCGUCUGUCUAACUGGGUCGGGAUCCUCAGUAAGGGGCUCCGAGUGGCCCCCCCCGAAGCCCCCUCCACCGGAUACAUGUUUGGUAAAGGGAUCUACUUUGCUGACAUGUCGUCAAAGAGCGCCAACUACUGCUUCGCCAAUCAGAACAAUCAUGUUGGACUGUUGCUGCUGUGCGAGGUCGCACUCGGAGACAGUCGUGAGCUGCUCGAUGCCGACUACGAGGCCGGUAACCUGCCUGCUGGAAAACACAGCACCAAGGGCCGGGGACAGACCGGACCUGACCCCAAGAACUCAGUCACCCUGGACGGUGUCACGGUGCCGAUGGGGCCUGGGGUGAAGACGGGGGUGGGUAAAAACAACGUUUACUCCCUCCUCUACAACGAGUUCAUCGUGUACAACCCUGCUCAGACUCGCAUGAGGUACCUGCUGCGGAUCAAGUUCAAAUAUUCUUCACUGUGGUGAGGCUGUAGAAAGGUCGUGUAUCAGGAUGGUGCGUCACUUAAGCUGCUUUCAGACAUUCACUGAACUCCAGACAUUUUCCGUAGAGGAGAACGCAAUCGCUCCUGAUGUUUUCAUAGAACUUUUCCUGCUUGUCCCCUCGAGUUGAUGAUGUUUCAAACAGGCAACGGACACGGAAAACACUAAACGAAUACAAAUAUACAGGAAGGAAAAAUAGGACCCAUAGACGUGGGAGACGCAGACGAAAACAACAACUCGGAAAGACGAGCUUCGAGAGUCUUGACGUUAAGGGGCUUGUGUUGAUGAGCUGUAAACAAAAACACAUCAGUUCUGCCUCCUGCUGACAAAUAUCGGGAAAUUCUGACCCAAUUUUCUCGACAUUUUCUAGAGUUCAUGUCUGAAAACAGCUUAAGUCAUUCUUUGUGGGU